UUUCUUUGUACCACAUUCAAUUGACAGUAACCUGCUAGGAUGGGUGCAGGACGGCGAACUGUGGUGGAAUGCGGUCCAAUUCACCUGUCACUGACUGUUGUAGCCUUUCUCCUUGCCAUCGCUGCCACUUUUCUGCUAACCUACUUCCUCACUAGAAAUCACUUCAAAGCAAAGGAAGAGCAAGAGCAUGGAAAGGACCCAGAGGAGAAAGACGAUGGACCGACUGCUGCUGAGUUGCGUCUGCCUACAAGCAUUGAGCCAGAGAGCUAUGACCUAAAGUUAAAGACAUAUUUGCCGUCAUACGUGGAGUACGAGCACGAUGACUUCACUUUUGAAGCUGAGGUUCAGAUGGAUCUCAAAGUCCUCGAAUCGGUCGACAAAAUUGUCCUUAGCAUGAGGAACCUCAAUAUAUCAAAAGAAAAGUCAAAGCUCAUCGUGGAUGGCGCGGAGGUGGAAAUCAGGGAUAUCGUCGCUCAGGGCAGGCUAGAAAAAGUAGAAAUCAUCCCUGCAAGAAAUAUCGAAAAAGGACAGAAAACACGUUUGACGCUGAUCUAUACUGGACCAAUAAGCACCAGUUUGGGAGCACUUUAUCAAACGAAGUACAUUGAGAAUAACAAGACAAAGGUAGCUGCGGUUACUCAGAUGGAACCGACUGAUGCUCGUGGAAUGGUGCCGUGCUUUGAUGAACCUGCGUUCAAAGCACCAUGGAAUGUCACAAUUAUUCACCCCAAAGGAACGCACGCUGUAUCAAACAAUAGGGAACAGAGCGAAGAAACAUCAAAGGAUGGUAAAUGGCUCACAACGAAGUUUGCUCCAACUCCAAAAAUGUCUUCCUAUCUUCUCGCUCUGAUGGUAUCAGAGUUCGAAUACAUCACUGGCAACACCACUACCAAUGUAGAGUUCCGAUUAUGGUCAAGAAAAGAGGCGAAAGACAUGACCAAAUACGCGCUUUAUGCUGGAACUAAAUGCUUAUCGUACUACGAAAAACUCUACAACUACAGUUUUCCUCUGGACAAGCAAGACAUGGUAGCUCUUCCGGAUUUCUCAACUGGUGCCAUGGAAAACUGGGGACUGGUCACAUACAGGGAGAACUCACUUCUUUACGACGAGAACCUUUAUGGCCCACUAAAUAAGCACCGAGUUGCGUAUGCCGUCGCUCAUGAGCUUGCGCAUCAGUGGUUUGGUGACUUGGUAACUAUGAAAUGGUGGGAGGAUUUGUGGUUGAAUGAGGGUUUUGCCAAUUAUGUACAGUAUCUUGGCACUGACGAGAUCAGCGACAAAAAGAUGAGAAUGCAAGAAUAUUUCCUUCUUGGCACACUUACGCUAGCGUUGAAGAGAGAUUCGGUCUCUUCAAGUCAUCCACUUUCCUUCAAAAUGGAGAAGUCUGCUGAGGUAUUCGAGGCUUUUGACGAGAUAUCUUACGAGAAGGGAGGUUCUGUGCUUCGAAUGCUGGCAAAAAUUGUUGGGCAAGACAAAUUUGACGAUGGAAUUCGUAAUUACAUCAGGAAAUUCGCGUACAAAAACGCUGAAGCCGCAGAUCUGUAUGAAGCUAUCGACGAGGUUAUUCGUGAGGACGUCCGUGGUCCGAAUGGACCCCUGAAGCUUGCCAAAUACGCCAAUCAGUGGACGAAACAGAUGGGAUACCCCAUUGUGACGGUGAAAAAGUAUAAUGAUACGCAUGUUGAACUGACACAAGAACGGUAUCGUCAAGAUCCCGAUGCGAAAGAUCCGGAAAGAUACGCUAAUCCAGAAUUUGGAUUCAAGUGGGAUAUUCCGAUCUGGUACACCGAAGGGCUGGAGAUACCACCACUAGCAUGGCUUAAGAGAGAGGAGCCAUUGUAUCUCAAAAUCAACCAUAAGAACAAGACAACAGUCAUAAACGCGGACAGAAAUGGUUUUUACCGUCAGAACUACGACGAAGAAGGAUGGAAAGAAAUUACAGAACAGCUACUUGCUAACCAUACGGUGUACAGUACACAGACUAGAAACGCCAUCAUCAGCGAUGCAUUCGCAGCUGCACUCAUCGACAAAGUUAACUAUACAACGGUCUUCGAGCUUCUCAGAUAUCUUGAGAAUGAAACGGACUAUCUGCCAUGGGAGGAAGCCCUGACCUGUUUCUCCUCAGUACUAGCUUACUUCGGCAACGAGCCAGAAGCCGAGGCAGUUCAAAAGUACAUGGUCAAGCUGCUGAAACCCAUUUACAUGAAAAGCUCUUUUGAGCAUCUCAGUGCAAACUACAAAAACGACACCUUGUUCUUUGAAAAUGUCCUCGAACAAAGAAUAUUGGAAGCAUACUGCUCCCUGGGAGGUCCUGGCUGCGCUGCUAAGUACAAAAAAUUGUUCGAUGAGCAAGUCGUAGCUAAAUGUAACGGAGCUGGACAAAUGACCAGCAAAUGUGCCAACAGCCUAGCUGCACCGCUUCGGGCGAAGACCUACUGUUAUGGAAUCAAACUGGGUAACGAUUCAGAGUUUGAGAUGAUGAUGAAACUCUACGAAGCUGAAAGCGUGGCAUUGGAAAAAGAUAUUCUUCGCCGUGCUUUAGGAUGUCGCAACGAUGUCACGGCUUUGAAAAGGCUUAUGUUGUUGGCGCUCGAUCGAAACUCCACAUUUGUGCGCCUCCAAGACGCCAGGGACAUAUUCUCCGCAGUUGCCGAAAAUCCAAUUGGCCAGGAGAUAAUAUUCAAAUUUUUGAUUGAACGAUGGGACCAGAUCUACGACGGGCUAAUGCCAGAACACAGAGCCAUUGGUAAAACCGUCAUGUCUGCAUGUAGCGGAGUACGUUCAAAACAUCAGAUAGAGCAGAUCCAAUAUCUGAAGAAGAACGGCAAACACGCAAAAGAAUUUGGCGAUUUUGACGCCGCGAUUGAACAAGCGGAAUUCAGAAUCAAAUGGAUUGAGAAGCACUUCCGCUUCCUAUCCAACUAUUUCAAAUCCCUUGCCGCUUGAAGUUCUCAUUCACUUAGGUUACGAUUCAUAGGCAUUGUAUGUGAAAACUUCCUGCAUACUUUUCUUUCUCACUUUGCUUUUGAUAUGAACAUGUUGAACAUGUCUUUUGCGCUUGUUAACAGUCGUCUAUUGCUUGAAAUUAUUUCAAAUUAUUUCUAUGUCAAUUUCACUCUCAUUUCGUCGUCUGUAUCCAAGUGGUUUUCAAUUUUCUACAUAUGUGCCAAAUGUUGUAAUUGCUUAAAAUUCUGCUAAUACACUCGAUUCUUUAAAACUAAUCUAUCUGUUUUCUCAAGUUCAAC